CUGUUAUCUCGCGCUCCCAAAUCCCCAAUUGCUGCUGGACCCGGUGCUCGUCCGUGCCGUUGCGACGUAGGGUUUCACUGAGUUGGCGUCCAAGAAUCCAGAUCCGACUCCGAAUCUCCUCUCCGACUCGAUUCCAUUCCUCGAAAUUCGACAAUGUUUUGGCGAAUGGCGGGCCUCUCUACGGCGUCUCCGAUGGAGACAAUUCUAGAGAAGGAUAAUUUCACAUUAGAAGAACUUUUAGACGAGGAUGAAAUAAUCCAAGAAUGCAAAGCUCUUAAUUCCCGCCUUAUCAACUAUUUACGGGAGAGAGUUCAAGUUGAGCAACUUGUCAGAUAUAUAGUGGAAGAUGCUGUUGAGGAUGCAGAGAAAAAACGAACAUUUAAGUUUCCUUUUAUUGCUUGUGAAAUUUUUACAUGUGAGGUCGAUAUAAUUCUCAAAGCUUUGGUCGAUGAUGAAGAGUUAAUGAAUCUGCUCUUCUCGUUUUUGGAACCCGGACGUCCACACAGUGCCCUGUUGGCUGGUUACUUUAGCAAGGUUGUUAUAUGCUUGCUACAGCGGAAGACUGUACCAUUGAUGAAUUACAUACAAAGUCAUCAGGAGGUUAUAAGGAAGUUGGUUGAUCUGAUUGGAAUAACUUCUAUCAUGGAGGUUUUAAUUCGUUUGAUUAGCUCAGAUGAACACAUGUAUAGCAACUUUGUUGACUCAAUGCAGUGGUUAGAAGAUACAGAUGUCCUGGAGAUGAUUGUGGAUAAGUUUAGCUCAUCAGACUGCCCGGAAGUGCAUGCUAAUGCUGCAGAAAUAUUGUGUGCUAUAACAAGAUAUGCACCCCCUGGGUUAUCUGCCAAAAUUUCCAGCCCUAGUUUCAUUGGAAGAUUAUUUCGCCAUGCUUUGGAGGGCUCACGACCAAAAUCUGUCUUAGUUAAUUCAUUGUCUGUAUGCAUAUCCUUGUUAGACCCUAAAAGGCUAACCUCAGGAACAUAUUACUUCUUCAACCGCCAAUCUACUCAAGGAACUGGGAUAGCUGCUAACCCAAAAACUGUUGAAGGCAUGCUGGAAAGCCUAGGUGAUCUUAUCAACCUUUUAGAUGUCUCAUCAGAGGACAAUGUCUUGCUAACUACAUAUGGAAAGUUAAAACCACCUCUUGGAAAGCAUCGUCUUAAGAUUGUGGAGUUUAUUUCAGUCUUAGUGAGUGUCAGUAGUGAAGCUGCUGAGAAAGAAUUGAUUGGGCUUGGUGCAGUCAAACGUAUAUUGGAUUUGUUUUUUGAGUAUCCGUACAAUAAUUUUUUGCAUCACAACGUCGAACAAAUUUUAGUAUCUUGCCUAGAGAGCAAGAAUGAUCAGUUUGUGGAGCAUGUCCUUCGUGAGUGUAAUCUUGUUGGGAGAAUUCUUGAGGCCGAGACGAACCUCACAUUGACUACUGACUCGACCAAGCCAACAGUCUCCGUUGAGGGGAAAUCACCACCACGGAUAGGUAAUAUGGGGCAUAUUACACGUUUAGCUAACAAGCUUAUCCAUCUGGGAAACUAUAACGACAACAUUCAGACGUAUCUGCAGGAGAAUGGUGAAUGGGUUAAUUGGCAAACAGAUGUCCUCCAAAAACGUAAUGCCAUGGAAAAUGUUAUGCAGUGGGCAUGUGGGAGGCCUUCAGCUCUACAAGACCGUAUGAGGGAUAGCGAUGAUGAUGAUUACCAAGAUAGGGACUAUGACGUUGCUGCUUUAGCAAAUAAUCUGAGCCAAGCAUUUCGAUAUGGGAUCUAUAAUAAUGAUGACAUAGAUGAGGCCCACGGUGCACUUGAACGUGAUGAUGAGGAUGUCUAUUUUGACGAUGAGUCGGCUGAAGUUGUCAUAUCAUCACUUCGUUUGGGGGAUGAGCAAGAUAGUGGGUCUCUGUUUACAAAUUCAAACUGGUUUGCCUUUGAGGAUGAUAGGAUGGCAAAUGAUGGCCUCCCUGGCCCAGUUUCAUCACCCUCACCAAACAAUACCAAUGGAACUGAUAUUACAAUUAGCCCACCCAGCGCUGAGCAAGACAAGCCAACUGCUGAUGCUGACAAUGAUAAUGAGUUGGCUGAUACCGCCACAUCUGCUUCAUCUGAUGAACCGAAAGAACCCGCUGCUGAACCCAAUUUGACUGAGGACUUGCAAAAUCUCAUACUCGCCAAAGGCGGUAUAGAGGAAUGCGUUGGUGGUCCCCGAGAAGAAAAAACUGAUACUUCCUCGGACAUGCCUGGGCCUCCUUUGUCUUUACCCAAUGGGGGAGUUGAAACGGUUUUGGUCGAUGAUGCAGGCUCAGGCCCAGGCCCAGGCCCAGGGCUGGAUGUAUCCGACAUGUUACCAACCAAAUUGGAGACCCCCACCACAAAAUCAGAACCAGAAGAAGGGAAUACCUUGAAGUGUGGAGGAGAUUCUGGCGAUGACAUUCCAGUUUAGCCCCCAACUCAAUACCUUUCUGGACUGAAGGGAGGAGCUUGACAAAACACAAAGGAGAGGCGGGCCACACACCACCCCGCGUACAACGUGACUGAUCGUGAUGAUAAUUCCUUUCUCAACAUAGACACACCCACUGGUAUUCUGUCUUUUCUUAGCGCUUACCCUCAUGUUAUUAGUGCGAAUCACUUUUUCCCCCCACUUUGAUUAAUAUUCAUUUCAAACUUCACUGCCGGAUUAAGCAGGCAGCCUGCUGAACGGUGUACACGUUUUGACACACAUUAUUGUUGUCUAUAUUCAUCGCAUAGUCUCAUUUUUUGUUUCUUCCACCAGAUUUCAACCCAUUUAUUAAAAAGUAAUAAGAGCAUAUAUGCCCA